AUGCUGACCUCCCCCAGCCCAGCCCUCCUGCUGCCGCUGCUGUGCAUCUUACAGGCUGCGAGAGCUCAGGUCAACCCAGCAGUGUGCCGGUACCCCUUGGGAAUGUCAGGCGGGCACAUCCCCGAUGAGGACAUCUCAGCAUCCAGCCAGUGGUCUGAGUCCACAGCUGCCAAGUAUGGACGGCUGGACUCAGAGGAUGGUGAUGGAGCCUGGUGCCCCGAGAUCCCGGUGGAGCCCGAUGACCUGAAGGAGUUCCUACAGAUCGACCUGCGUGCCCUGCACUUCAUCACUCUGGUGGGCACCCAGGGGCGCCAUGCCGGAGGCCAUGGCAAUGAGUUUGCCCCCAUGUAUAAGAUCAACUACAGCCGGGAUGGCACCCGCUGGAUCUCCUGGAGGAACCGGCAUGGGAAGCAGGUGCUGGAUGGAAACUCCAACCCCUACGACAUCGUCCUCAAGGACCUGGAGCCACCCCUUAUCGCCCGCUUCAUCCGCUUCAUCCCUGUCACUGACCACUCCAUGAAUGUCUGCCUGCGUGUGGAGGUGUACGGCUGCGUCUGGCUGGGGGCGUGGGAUGGGCUGGUGUCCUACAAUGCGCCGGCCGGGCAGCAGCUUAUCCUUCCGGGGGGCACUGUCAUCUACCUGAACGACUCGGUGUAUGAUGGGGCAUUUGGAUACAGCAUGACAGAAGGCCUGGGCCAGCUGACAGACGGGGUGUCAGGGCUGGACGACUUCACGCAAACCCAUGAGUACCACGUCUGGCCUGGCUAUGACUAUGUCGGCUGGCGCAAUGAAAGCACGACUGGUGGCUACGUGGAGAUCACCUUCGAGUUCGACCGCAUCAGGAACUUCACUGCCAUGAAGGUCCACUGCAACAACAUGUUUGCCAAAGGGGUGAAGAUCUUCAAGGAGGUGCAGUGCUACUUUCGCGCCGAUGCCAGUGAGUGGGAGCCCAGUGCUGUCUCCUCAGUGCUGGUGCUGGAUGACGUAAACCCCAGCGCCCGCUUCGUCACCGUGCCUCUUCUCCACCGCAUGGCCAAUGCCAUCAAAUGCCAGUACUACUUUGCCGACGCCUGGAUGAUGUUCAGCGAGAUCACCUUCCAGUCGGAUGCAGCCAUGUACAACAACUCGGUGGUCCCCCCUGAGAUGCCUAUGGUCCCCACCACUUAUGACCCCACACUCAAAGUAGACGACAGCAACACACGCAUCCUGAUUGGGUGCCUGGUGGCAAUCAUCUUCAUCCUGGUGGCCAUCAUUGUCAUCAUACUGUGGCGGCAGUUCUGGCAGAAGAUGCUGGAGAAGGCAUCACGGAGGAUGCUGGAUGACGAAAUGACUGUCAGCCUCUCCCUGCCCAGCGAAUCCAGCAUGUUCAACCACAACCAUUCGUCCUCAUCCAGCGAGCAGGAGUCCAGCUCUACCUACGACCGCAUAUUUCCCCUGGGACCCGACUACCAGGAGCCCUCCCGCCUGAUCCGCAAGCUGCCCGAGUUCACGCCAGGGGAGGAUGACACAGGCUGCAGUGGCCCUGUGAAGCCAUCUCAAGCCAGUGUCCCCGAGGGUGUUCCCCACUACGCUGAGGCCGACAUCGUGAACCUGCAAGGUGUGACAGGCGGCAACACGUACUCGGUGCCAGCCCUCACCAUGGACCUGCUCUCUGGUAAGGACGUGGCCGUUGAGGAGUUCCCCAGGAAGCUGCUGACCUUCAAGGAGAAGCUGGGGGAAGGCCAGUUUGGGGAGGUGCAUCUAUGUGAAGUGGAGGGGAUGGACAAGUUCACAGGCAAGGACUUUGCCUUGGAGGGCUUGGAUGCCAGCUCCAACCACCCUGUGCUGGUGGCUGUGAAGAUGCUCAGAGCAGAUGCCAACAAGAAUGCCAGGAAUGAUUUUCUGAAGGAAAUCAAGAUCAUGUCACGGCUGAAGGACCCCAACAUUAUCCGGCUGCUGGCAGUGUGCAUCACAGAUGACCCCCUGUGCAUGAUCACCGAGUACAUGGAGAACGGCGACCUCAACCAGUUCCUGUCCCGCCAGCAAGGAGCCAGCACCCCCACUGGCCAAGUGCCAACUGUCAGGUACGACCUGCGGUUCAUGGCCACCCAGAUCGCCUCCGGCAUGAAGUACCUCUCCUCCCUGAACUUCGUGCACCGAGACCUGGCCACUCGCAACUGCCUGGUGGGGAAGCAGUACACCAUCAAGAUAGCUGACUUCGGCAUGAGCAGGAAUCUCUACAGUGGGGACUACUACCGCAUCCAGGGGCGGGCAGUGCUCCCCAUCCGCUGGAUGUCCUGGGAGAGCAUCCUGCUGGGCAAGUUCACGACAGCCAGUGAUGUGUGGGCAUUCGGCGUGACACUGUGGGAGACCUUCACACUCUGUCGGGAGCAGCCCUACUCCCAGCUCUCAGAUGAGCAGGUCAUUGAGAACACCGGCGAGUUCUUCCGGGAUCAGGGCAGGCAGACCUACCUUCCCCAACCUGCACUUUGCCCUGACUCAGUCUAUAAGCUAAUGCUGAGUUGCUGGAGACGGGACACUAAAGACCGUCCCUCCUUCCAGGACAUCCAUCGCCUCCUCCAAGAGUCAUCCAGCGAAGAAUGACCCUUUGCUCCCUCCCAGCCCGGUCCCCAUCCCACCCCAUCCCCAGAGGAGCCCCAUAUGCAAACCGAAGCCACUUCACUUGGACUUAGCAAUAAAACGCGGGCAGCUGGUCUUGUUCUCAUUGUACAGUGAAGCCUCAGAGGAAAACCCCAAGGGCAGCAAGGAGAGCCACAGCGUGGGACAACUUGGAUCUCCGACUCGCUUGCUGAGAUAAGCCUGGGAGCAACGUGAGCUAAGAUGAGGGUUAUUUAUUG